CUGUACUCAUAGCACCUCUUUUAGAACUACCAUGCCUCCUCGCAGAAACAACAACACAAAUGCCACUCCCACACCUAUCCUACCAACUCACAACCAACACCUACAAACCGAAAGCCAAAAAGCAUUUUCCAACCGGCGACAUAGGCACAGGCGUGCUGUACCUUGGUACAGACGCAGCGAGAAUGUCUGGCGCUCUCGACUAGAAACCGCAAGCCACUUUGGGAUAUUCCUUGCCGCUCUUCUCACACUUGUUUACUUCCUUCGGCGAGGUGAUGCAGAGCAUUGAGGGUAACGGGUGUA